AAAAACCAAAACAACAUGUCAAAUUUUCAACAAAUUUUUUUCUCUAUCUCUGGCAUUUUGUUUUAUUGGUUUAAAUGCCACCCUAAAACGGCGUGUGUAAAGAAAACUUGACGAUAAAUUAAAAUCUUACCAAAUCCAAAUGGCCAAAUUCUGAAUUCUAAAAAAUAAUAACUUGAAUUUCUUCAAAUUCAUUUUUUGUUUUGGCAAGCCUAACCUACUAAUUAAUCUCCAGAAACUGUGUGUGUUUAUAAACAAACACAAGUGGCAUAAAAGAAAUUUUGCCUCUAGUGGGGGGCAAUUUAAGCCCCACGAUUUACGCAAUUUAUUGUAAAAAAAGAAAUAGGUUAUAAGUGGAAAAAAAAAACAUGAACACGAAGAAAACCGCAGAAAAUGGCUCUGGCUCGAAAAAAUUUGCCAAGCCGCUGCAUUUGCAGCGAUUGGAAGCGAGUCUGGACAUGGGUCCUUUCAUGGCUUUUGCCCAUAAAAUGCUAUCACAGCCUUUGGCUAGUUCUGAUUCGGAAACCGACGAUGAAGAAAAUGAUGAAGGGCGAAGGGCUGGUGGACGCUUCAAAGGCAUCAAUGGUUCCAAAGAAGAACGCCAAAGUGAUAAAGCUCAUAUUUACAAUCUGUCCAGUGUGACCAGUGAGAGAGAGUGGCUCUGUGAUGCUUUACUUAGUGACACCGAGACAGACUCGGAAAUCUCUGAUGAAGACGAUCAUGUCAAGGAAAUGCUUAGAAGUCAUCUAAGGGAGCAAAAAUAUAGAGAAUCAUAUUACAAAAAGGAAAAGAACACCCAAUACGGCUAUUAUGGAACUGGGCUUCUCUCCGCUUAUGACAUGUUUCCUGAACAUCAACGGUCUAUUGUUGGUGUCCGAAAACGCCGCAAGGAACGAGAGAAGAAGGAAAAACCACCGAAGAUUCCGAAACCAAGAAAACAACGGCGAAGCAAACAUGGAGACCCAUCCGGAUCCAAUGAUACAAAGAGUCAGAAGUGGGAAGCAUCCCAAAACAUGUCGCAAAUUAAAUCGGAAUUCGGUGAAGACGACGCAGACUCCAAAUCUCAUAGUCCAAUGGGUUCACAAAGAGUACCUCAUUCUGGUCGGGGUCGAAAGAAAAAGUCGGCGCUUGCCAAAACCCCUGAGCUUAUGGCAGCCAGAAGGCGCAAAGUCUUCCAAUUGAUGUCGAAGAAAGAACUGGGCAAGAUUCAAAGAGCCAAGGCUAAUAACCACAAAGAAAUGCUCCAGGGCUGCAAACGUGUUGCCACCAUGUGCAUGAAGGUGACCCGACAGAAGGCGAUGCAGUCGCAAAAGAUUAUGAAAGAGACCAUUUGGCGAGCUAAACGUUUGACACGAGAAAUGCAAGGCUAUUGGAAGCGAUAUGAUCGUGUCGAAAGGGAAACUCGUCGACGAAUGGAGAAGGAGGCCGAGGAACAGCGCAAGAUUGAUGUUGAAAUUAUCGAGGCUAAACGUCAGCAGCGAAAGCUGAAUUUCUUGAUUACACAAACUGAGCUUUAUGCACAUUUCAUGUCAAAGAAGUUGGGCUUUGGCACAGAGGAAGAGCAAUUGAGAAUUUUGAAUCAACUCGACGAAGAAAUAAAUCCUCGUUUGUCGGCUUAUGAUGAUUACGACUCGGAAUUGAUGAAACAACUUGCUCAGAGACAUGCUGCAGAGGCUUUUAACACAGAUCGUGCAAGGACUCAACAGUUUGAUGUACAAAUCAAAGAGGAGGAAGAAGAUGAAGAAGUCCCAUCCUGUUCUACCGAUUGCAAGCCAGAUUUACCACAACCAGAUAUUUUCCGAGGAACUCUGAAGACUUAUCAACUUAAAGGCAUGACUUGGCUGGCAAACAUUUACGACCAAGGAAUCAGUGGAAUUUUAGCUGAUGAAAUGGGUCUCGGAAAAACCGUUCAAUCCAUAGCAUUCCUCUGUCACAUAGCUGAGAAAUAUGGAGUCUGGGGUCCAUUCUUGGUAAUCUCACCAGCGUCGACGUUGCACAACUGGCAACAGGAAAUGCAACGUUUCGUACCUGAUUUCAAUGUAGUCCCUUACUGGGGUUCCCCAAACGAAAGGAAAAUUCUUCGACAAUUUUGGGAACAAAAAGAUCUUCACACAAAAGAUGCUAGUUUCCAUGUUGUAAUCACGAGUUAUCAGUUGAUUGUUUCUGACUAUAAGUAUUUCAAUAGAAUCAAAUGGCAGUAUAUGAUUCUGGAUGAAGCUCAAGCUAUUAAGAGUUCUUCCUCAAUGCGAUGGAAAUUAUUACUCGGUUUCAACUGUCGCAAUCGAUUGUUGCUUAGUGGUACUCCAAUUCAAAACAGCAUGGCAGAGUUGUGGGCCUUGUUGCAUUUUAUAAUGCCAACACUCUUUGAUUCCCACGAUGAGUUCAACGAGUGGUUUUCAAAGGAUAUUGAAAGUCACGCCGAGAACAAGACGGGAAUUGAUGAGAAGCAGAUCUCAAGGUUGCACAUGAUUCUCAAGCCAUUUAUGUUGCGGAGAAUCAAAAAAGACGUAGAGAAUGAACUCUCAGAUAAGAUCGAGAUUAUGGUGUAUUGUCCAUUGACAACACGACAAAAGCUGCUCUAUAUGGCUCUGAAGAAAAAAAUUCGCAUUGAAGAUCUUUUGCAUUUUACUAUUGGCGGAGGUGAUGGUCAUCAUGUUGACAGAAAUUUCACAUCGAAUCUGAUGAAUUUAGUUAUGCAAUUCAGAAAGGUGUGUAAUCAUCCAGAAUUGUUUGAAAGAAGAGAUGCAAAAAGUCCGUUUUCGAUGAAAUGUCAGGAAUAUGUUAUGCCGAGAUUAGUAUUUAAUGAAGCUUUACUCAGUUAUUCAAUUCCAAGUAACAAACAUCUGCUAUAUAAUAGAUUCAACAUAUUCAAAGGAGAGAAUGUUCAAAAAUCUCUGUUUGGCGAAAAACCACGCAAAAGAUUAGAACAAUACCCGAGGUAUAUAGACGUUGGAAUGGAUUGUGCGUUUAGUUUUAGUCGAUUUUGUGAUUUGAGCCCAAAGGAUAUUGAAGAUAUGACUGUUGCCGGACUUAUUGCAUUUUUAAAAAAAUAUUUAAAAACUUUGAGAGAGUAUGCGGAUUAUUCUUAUCGACUGGAGUGGUGGGAGAACUAUUCAAAUAGAAAAAUGAUGCUCUUAGAACCAACUUUACAAAACUUAUUGGAUCAAAGAUUUAUGACAGAUAAUAGUUUGCUGAAGGACCUUAUUUUUACAAGAAUGACAUCAUCAGAAAGCUCUAUUUACACAUUUGGUGACUAUCAAAUUGGAAACAUGCAAGAAACUAUUGAACAUCGUGUCAUUCGAAGCAGAAAGCGAAAGAUCACCGAAAUAAGAUCUCCCACGAUGGAAGGAAACAUUUCUUUAAAAUCCGAAAUCGAUAUCGAAGAAGAUUUUGCUAGACCAGUGGUCAUAAAAGAAGAAUCCAAAUCAUUUACAUCUCCUCCUAGAGGUCGUCCGCCAAAGAAUCCAGAUAAGAAUGUUAAAGCGUCUACUAUUCUUCUGCCAGAAUUCCCGCAUAUACCCCGACCACCAGGGAAGUUCUUUUGUGAAGCUAUUGAAAUGCCAAGAUUUCUAUAUGGCUUGGGACAAAAGGUUCAAGCCGUCAAAAGACGGUUUUAUUGCGAAAGUCGAGCCGCUGAAUGGAGUCACAUUCGCCACAUUCAAUGUGAUAAUCAAGAGGGUUAUAAUCUUCUUUACAACAGUCUGGAAUUGUGUAAGCCUAAAUAUGGUUGGUCAUCCAUUGUGAUACCGGAUAAACAAACACUCGUUUCUGACGCUGGUAAAUUAGCAGUCUUGGAUAGUUUACUUACAAGAUUAAAAGCACAAGGACAUAGAGUUUUGAUUUACUCGCAAAUGACGAAAAUGAUUGAUUUAUUAGAGGAGUAUAUGUGGCACCGCAAACAUCGUUAUAUGAGACUUGAUGGGUCGAGUAAAAUAUCGGCACGUCGUGAUAUGGUUGCUGAUUUUCAAAAUCGUGCUGAUAUAUUUGUAUUUCUUCUAUCAACCAGAGCAGGUGGAUUGGGUAUCAAUUUGACUGCAGCUGAUACUGUUAUCUUCUAUGACUCCGAUUGGAACCCUACUGUCGAUCAACAGGCUAUGGAUCGUGCACAUCGUCUGGGACAAACCAAACAGGUAACCGUCUACCGGCUCAUCUGCAAAGGUACCAUCGAAGAAAGGAUUCUUCAGCGAGCGCGGGAAAAGAGUGAGAUCCAACGAAUGGUUAUAAGUGGUGGAAACUUUAAGCCAGAUACACUUAAGCCAAAGGAAGUGGUGUCUUUGCUCUUGGAUGACGAAGAAAUAGAACUUAAGUAUCGUCAAAAGACAGAAGAGGGUAAAUCUGAUGAGGUACUGCCUAAGGAUAACAGCGAAAAGAAAAGGAGGCUCACUACCAAAAUUCAACCUGCUGAUGGUUCUACUUCUACACCCGACACUCAAGCAGCUAAACGCAUCAAAAUAGAAGUAGACGAUGAUUCAAAUAUUGAUGUUGGAGCCAACAGUCCGAUUCCCAGCAAUGAGCUAUCGCAUACAGAAUCUUUUGUGCCCGGGGCAACUCCAGUUAUGCGAAAUGAUGAAUCCAGCAAUGAGGCUUUGAUCGUUGAUGGUGAUACACCACUUCGACGAACAUCACCAAGCAUGUUCAACCACUUCGAAUCAAUUGGACGUUCCCGCAGACGUCAUCAUCCUAGGGGAACCAAACGUGGUCGACCGCGAGGAUCUCGUCGCGGUGGCGGAAAUGGUUCCCUUUGCAGAACAGACACAACUCCAGUCAGAUCUACCCCAUCCAAUGAAUCCAAUUUCGGUGGUACAACAACAGAACAUCUCACAAAUACCGGUGAGGGUGCAUUUGUGCCGACCAUUCCACCCGUGAAAAGAGGUCCUGGACGACCAAGAUUAAAACCAGGUGGUCCACCUAAUCCUGGAACGCGUGGUAUUUCAAGGCCGCGAAAACCAAUUGGACCAUUGGUAGUUCCAUUGGGUCAGAGUCCUGCAGCUACACCGGUUAAUCGCAGUCCAGCAAUUAGUCCAGCUCCAAGUCCGGCAUCAGAACGUAGCUCUGCGGCUGGUAGUUAUUUUCAGUCUAACGAGGGUGAAAAUUGAAAAAAUAUUCUUUUAUUAUUUAAUAAUGUAUUUUUGUUUUUUAAGGAAAAAUCAUUUAUUUGUAGAAAGUCUUGUUUUACACUUUUAAAAA